UGUCUCAUAGGACCAUAGUUUUUCCUCGGUGCUUCAGUCCUCGGACUCGGAUCACACACAGGAUGUCGGAGCUCUCCGUCAACGACCACCUCGAAGGGAUUUUAUCAGAUUUUGAAGCACUGAAGAGAUCCUUUGAAAUUGAAGAUGUGGACGACAUUCCGUCCUUCUCCUCUGCUUCCCCCGUCUCCACCCCCAUCUCCCCGUCUUCCUCCCAUUUCUUCCUCAACCACAGUAAAGCCAAUGAGGAGCGCGGAGGAGGCGGCCAGUCCCCUUCAUUAUCCUUCAACAACAACAACAACAGCCUGGGCUCUGCUUCCCACCACUCCUGCAUAAGCCUGACUUCCAGUCCCAGCCCGGUCCUCAAGUCUCGUACAGUUGUCAGCAGCCUGUCCUUCAACAGAGGAACCAUGAACAAGCCAGCCAUCCACAACAACGGCUCCUCCGUGGCCAGAGCUGCGUCCUUCCAAAGCAGGUUGAACCCCAACAGUUACUCCAUGAUGUCCGGGCCAGGCAGCGACAACGACAGCCUUCACAGCUCCACCUCCAGCCUGGAGUACUCUGGGGGGGGUGGGGGCGCCCUUCUUACCAAGCUUGGGUCAUAUCCCAGCCAACCUCCUCAGGGGGAGCACCACCGAACCAAGCCCCAACUCCGACAGCAGCACCUAGAAGGAGGUGCCAACCACAGCCUGAAGAAGUUCUCCUCCCAUGGGAGUGUUUUCCACUCUGAAAUGGACCGGGGGCCAGGGAUAGUGCUGGGUGCUCCACAGCCUCAGGGGGUCAACCAUGGCUCCAUGCCAAGCCUGGACCUCCAAAUCCAUGAUGGAGGAGGAGGAAGGGUGGGCAUGCACACAGGUGGAGGUGGAGGCAGGAUGUCUCCAGGGCAUAAGUAUGUUAAUGCUAAUGCCAACUGGAAUGGUCAUCUUCAUAAUGCCUCCUCUUUUGGGGAGGAGGGCUACGGUGGCUUCAGAAACCACUGCCAGCAGCAGAGUUCCCAGGUCCUGAAGGCUCCCCAGCCCAAGGCCAAAGAGAUACCACGUCUCAACAAGUUUCCCUUGGAUCUGGACAGCUUGGUGAGCAGCACCUCAACGACAUCUCCUACCAAGGCUCCAGGUGGAUCCGUGAACCUCAACCCCCCGAAGCCCCCUCCAAGGAGCACAGGAGACCUCCAGCACCUCACCAGCCCACCCUCCACCUCAGCCAGCCCUUCAGCCUCUCUUAGCAGCCUGGACAGUUCCUCUGACACCCCGCCCUUCUCCCUCCACCAUCCCUUUUUGCCUUUCUCACCACGUUCUCCAACUCCCUCACAAGGCUCCAUCCCUGUCCCGGAGAUGAGUUGCUCUCCAGUGCCCCUUUCUCCAGCCCAGAGCCCCCAGCUGGAGAUUCUCUCCAGGCCCCAAACUGUCCAGAUGCUCCCCAGCCUGCCUUCCAGCCCCUCCAGUCCCAGAGCCGUUCGGUCUUUGGAGACUGGCCCAGGUGAUGCCAGAGAUACUGUAGGCUCAAUCUUACAGAGGAUCGCCUCCUUCUCUCGGCCUGCUGUCACUGACCCCACAGCUGUGACCCAGCCCCCUACAGUCCAGAGCAAUGGUCAGUCAUCAUCUGCAGAUGAGUGUCCAGCUGAGACUAUGCCCUCAAGGAAACAGGGGAAGAAGAAACAAGAAGAAACUGCUGGAGAGCUGGAGACGGAGCCGCUCAACCCAAUGGAGGAGGGAAAGGAGAAGGAGAGAGGCAUCAUGGGACGUGAGCAAGAGGACGAGGGCAAGAGCGAAGGACAACCAGCCGACAUGAAUACCCAGAAUUCCACGACAGAGAAAGAGGAGAACCGUGUGGCGGUGUGUGCAGAUGUGGAGGAGAAGGGGAAGGAGAAGGGAAUGGAGGAGGGGGAGAUGAAGAAAGAGAUGGAGCUGGAGGCGGAGGUGAAGGUAGAGCUGAGCCAGUCUGUGCCGGGCCAGCAGAUGAGCUUCAUCCAGGGCACUGACCUGUUCGGCUACGUGGGCAUCGAGGCAGUCCUGGACCAGAUGCGGCGCAAGACCAUGAAGGCCGGCUUCGAGUUCAACAUCAUGGUGGUCGGUCAGAGCGGUUUGGGGAAGUCCACACUGGUCAACACUCUGUUCAAGUCCAAAGUCAGCCGCAAGUCCUGCACGCCCAGCUACGAAGAGAAGAUCUGCAAAACAGUCAAACUGCAUUCAGUCAGCCACGUGAUUGAAGAGAAGGGGGUGAAAAUGAAGCUGACAGUGAUCGACACUCCAGGAUUUGGAGACCAGAUCAACAAUGAAAACUGCUGGGAGCCCAUAGUGAAGUACGUCAAUGAGCAGUAUGAGAAGUACCUGAGGGAGGAGCUGCACGUGAACCGUAAGAGGAGAAUACCUGACAGCAGAGUCCACUGCUGCAUCUACUUCCUCCCUGCCACAGGACACAGGUUACGUCCCAUCGACGUGGAGUUCAUGAAGAGGCUGGGGAAGAUCGUGAGCAUCGUACCCGUCAUCGCCAAAGCCGACACGUUGACCAUCGAGGAGAGACAGGAGUUCAAGGAGAGGAUAAGACAAGACUUGGCAGCCAAUGGGAUUCAAGUUUACCCCCAGAAAGAGUACGACGAGGAUCCAGAGGAGCACGUACUCAACGAGAGGAUCAGGGAGAGCAUUCCCUUCGCUGUGGUGGGGACCGACAAGGAGCACCAGGUGAAUGGAAACAAGGUGCUGGGCCGUAAAACAAAGUGGGGAAUCAUUGAAGUUGAAAACGUGGCACACUGUGAGUUUGCCAACCUGAGAGAUCUGCUCAUCAGGUCUCACCUGCAGGACCUGAAAGACGUGACACACAACAUCCACUACGAGACCUACCGCGUACGACGGCUCAACGAGAGCAACAUGGACUUCAGUGAACUGGGACUGACCCCCUGGCCCCUGGAGAACGGGACUGCUGACAAAUGUGAAUCAGAGAGCCACCUCUGAUCUGUCCAUCGUCCAAUCAGAGCGAGCUAUUUUUACCACAUCAAACAUGAGGUGGAGAAAUGAUUUUGUUUUUUUUGUUGUUUUUUUUUCAUUAUGGGACCAACUAGUCGAUCGUUUUUAACUGUCUGAGUUUUACACAGGAAGUGCAGCAAAUAUGAAUAUAUUUUUGAAUGUGUGCUGGUAUGUGUUUUCUGGAAG